AUGAGUGUUAUAAGAGUAAAAUGCUAAAAGGAAUAACAUGAGUUUGUAGAAUUAGCUUGCUUAAAUAAAUAAUGUAAAGCUAAUAGAAUUUAUUGUCAUUAAUGUCUUAAAAAUGGAGAUCAUGUCGCUCAUCCAAAAGAUUAAAAGAAUUUAAUUGAAUUAAUAGACUAUUUUCAUAAUCUUGGCAAGGAAAGUGAGAAACUAAUAUAAAAUUUAUGUUUAAUGGUAGAAUAGUUAAAGGAUUUAAUGUUUUAAUUAAAUUAAGAAUUGAGAACAAAAUAUCAAUUUUCUAAAGAAAGAUUGUAAUCAUUAAAUACAAAACAAUUGAAUUAGGCUUUAGAUUAGAUAAUUCAAUAUGAUGAUAUUUAAAUCAUUAUAAAAAAUCAAUUACAAAUAUGUUCAGAUAAUAUGAUCAAAUAAAUUCAAAUACAAAUGAAUGAAUUGAAAUUAGAUCAAGUAAAAAUAUAUUAAUUAAAUCAAUAAGAUCAACAAAAAGUAAAAGAACUAUAUUAAUAAGGUAUUCAUAUCAUUUAUUUAGCAUAUAAUUUAUAUUAUGAUGAUAAAUAUGAAGAGGCAAUCAAAAUAUUAGAUGCUGCAUUACAAAUUGAUCAAAAUCAUUUGGAUUCACUAUAUUUAAAAGGUAUUAAAACUAUAUGUAAAUAAAUUAGCUAAAUGUUUAACAUGGCUAAGUAAUUACAAAGAUGCAAUUAUAUGGACUGAUAAAGCUUUGUUGAUUAAUUCAAAUCAUUUGGAUUCAUUAUCUACAAAAGGUAUUAAAAACUAUAUGUAAAUGAAUUAGCUUAAUGUUUAAGAUGGCUGAGUAAUUACAAAGAUGCAAUUAUAUGGGCUGAUAAAGCUUUGUUGAUUAAUUCAAAUCAUUUGGAUUCAUUAUCUACAAAAGGUAUUAAAACUAUAUGUAAAUGAAUUAGCUAACUGUUUAAGAUGGCUGAGUAAUUACAAAGAUGCAAUUAUAUGGGCUGAUAAAGCUUUGAUGAUUAAUUCAAAUCAUUUUAAUUCAUUAUCUACAAAAGGUAUUUCUACAUUUCUAAAAUAGGUGAUUCAUUACUGCAAUUGGGGGAAUAUGAAGAAGCUCUUAAGAUUAUUGACUAAGCACUGAAUUAAUCUCCAAAUUCUCCUUACACGUUAUACUUAGGAGGUUGAUUAUAUUUCUAUUUUGUAGGAGAAUGCUUAAAAUCAUUACAAAGAUUUGAAGAAGCAAUUGUUUAUUAUGAUAAGGCUCAUUAGAUCGAUCAAAAUUAGACAUUAUACAAAAAUGCCAAAGGUAUACGAAGUAUAUAUAUAUAUCUAGCUGAAUGUGAGAAAAAAAUUGAUAAUUAUAAAUGCGUCUAGUGA